CACCAACCUGAAUUGGGAGGAAUGCCCGAGAACACAGCAUAAAAUCUCUUUGCUCACCUGCUGCUGGUCUGAUUGUGAGUGAAAUUCCAGAGGAAGAUAGUUGUCAGCUGACCUAUUGACAAUGCAACCAUGGGAGUUAAUGACCUUCAAAGAUGUAGUUGUAGACUUCACCCAGGACGAGUGGGCUUUGCUAGACACAACACAGAGAAAGCUGUUCAGAGAAGUGACACUUGAGAAUAUCAGUCAUCUGGUUUCAUUGGGAUGUCAGGUCUGCAAAUCAGAUGUCCUUUCCCAGAUGGUACAAGGAGAGGAGGUGUGGAGAGAAGGAGUAGACUCUCUUCAAAACCAGAGUCCAGGCAGGAAAAAUGCCAGGAAAAUGCAAGAAAUGAUACUCCUGCAACUUACCUGCAGAAAGGAGAAUUCUAACCUCAUGUUAUUGCAAAAAUCGCACACUCAGAAGAAUUCUUUUCAGUGCAUUUCUUUGCAAGAAGAUUCCACUCUGAGAUCCCCAGUGACUCAACAUGCAUUAUUUCCUAUGAGAAAGAAACCAUAUUUAAGCAAACCACUUGGAAAACUCCUUGGUGACCACUCAUCUUUUAAUCAACAUGAACAGAUUCCAACUGAAAGUAAAUCAUACGAGGGUCAUCAAAGUGUUAAAGCUAUUACUAAAAGCUGUGGCCACAGAAAUUCCAAUGUAACUCAAACUGAAGAUAAACCAUAUGAAUGUCUUUUAUGUGGGAAAAGUUUCAGUAGAUUUUUUCACCUUAGGCAACAUGAGAAAAUACACACUGCAGAAAAACCCUAUGAAUGUGAUGUGUGUGGUAAAACCUUCAGUUUAUAUUCAUAUCUUAGGAAACAUGAGAGAAGACACACUGGAGAGAAACCACAUGAGAGUGAACACACUGGAAUGAAACCCUAUGAAUGCCAUACAUGUGGAAAAGCUUUCAUUUAUCGUUUUCAACUCAUGCAACAUGAGAAAACUCACACUGGAGAGAGACCCUAUGAAUGCAAUACAUGUAGGAAAACCUUUAAUGAAUAUUCUUAUCUUAGACAACAUGAGAAAACCCACAGUGAAGAGAAACCUCAUGAAUGCCAUCUGUGUGGAAAAACUUUCACUCAGUCUUCUUAUCUUAGACGACAUGAGCGAAGACACACUGGAGAGAAACCCUAUGAAUGCCAUACGUGUGGGAAAGCCUUCAUUUAUCGUUUUCAACUCAUACGACAUGAGAAAACUCACACUGGAGAGAAACCCUAUGAAUGCCAUACAUGUGGAAAAGCCUUCACUUCUCGUUUUCUACUCAUGCGACAUGAGAAAACUCACACUGGAGAGAAACCCUAUGAAUGCCAUACAUGUGGAAAAGCCUUCAUUUAUCUUUUUCAACUCACACAACAUGUGAUAACUCACACUGUAGAGAAACCUUAUGAAUGCCAUACAUGUGGGAAAGCCUUCACUUAUUGUUUUCAUCUCAUACGACAUGAGAAAACUCACACUGGAGAGAAACCCUGUGAAUGCCCUACAUGUGGGAAAGCCUUCAUGUAUUGUUUUCAACUCCGACGACAUGAGAAAACUCACACUGGAGAGAAAGCCUAUGAGUGCAACACAUGUGGGAAAGCUUUCAUUGAUAGUUUUAAACUCAUACGACAUGAGAGAACUCACACUGGAGAGAAACCCUACAAAUGCCAUACAUGUGGGAAAGCCUUCAGUGGAUAUGAUUACCUUAGAAAACAUGAGAGAACUCACACUGGAGAGAAACCAUAUGGAUGCAAUACAUGUGGGAAAGCUUUCACUCACCACUCUGCUCUCAGAGACCAUGAGAGAACUCACACUGGAGAGAAACCCUAUGAAUGCCAUACCUGUGGAAAAGCCUUUAUUAAAAGCUAUGCUCUCAAAUGUCAUGAGAGAACUCACACUGGAGAGAAACCGUAUGGAUGCAAUACUUGUGGGAAAGUCUUCAUUCAAUGCUCUUCUCUCAGAAAACAUGAGAAAACUCAUGGGGAGAAACCCCAUGAGUGUCAUCUAUGUGGGAAAGCUUUCUCUCAGAGUUAUGGCCUCAGAAGACAUGAGAGAAGGCACAUUUGACAAAAGCCAUAGGAAUGCCAUACAUAUGGAAAAUCUUAAUUUUUCUGUUGACAACAUGGAAUUAUUCAAAUUUAAGAGAAAGCGUAAAUUUCAUCAGUUUGACAAAGCAUUCAGUCAAUAGUCUGACCACAGAUGGAAAGAGAGAAUUUAUUGCAUGUAUUUUUAGCAUGGAAGUACUUUAGCCCUAACUGUAAUAUUUAGACACCCCAGAGAACUCACAUAUGAAGAAACACUUUGUAAUCAAUAUGGUGGGGCCUUUUGCUUUUGUACUAUUUUAGUUGAUAUAAAGAAAUUCACACAGGAGGAAUCUGUAUGAAUAUCAUUAAUGUACCAAAGUCCUUAGUUGGCCUGAUGAUAAAUCCUAUGAGAGCUCAUGAUAAAAAGUAAUGAAAGAGAGUCCUCAUUUAUCACUGAUUCGAAAGGCAGAAAAAUUAACACAUGAGGAAUUCUGUGUAUGCAAUUUUGGAGUGCCUUAAUUUGUAAUUUGUUUUUUAAAGUAAAUGAGUGGCCUCCAUAGGUAUGAAACACUAGGUUGUAAUUACUGUGCAUAAUUAUUUAGUGACACCCAAGGUGUGGUGUGCUUAAAAUUAUUAAUAUAGAAAUAAUCAUGAAAACAUUAAAUAAGAUGAAAAAGUCAUAAAAACAUGAAAUAAGAGAGAAAAGCCUUCAUUAUGAGGCUGAAACCCCUUGGCAUAUAUUGAGAAAUUUCAUGAUGCAGAAUGUAUUCAAUGUAAAAUCAAAGGAAGUCAUUUAUUCAGAAUUUGGGCAAGUCAUGGACAUGCGUUGUAUCUCUGUGAGGUAUACUGUUUGAGGGGAUUGGAGAAAUUAUAGGAUAUUUGGUGACUGUUACAGAAAUGUAAAUACUGUACAUGUGGGGAUAGGAAUAUGUGAAGCUUGUGAUUUUGGGUAAAUGAAUAUGCUUCUGUGGUUACCUCUAAUGGAUCAGUGGGCAACAUUUUUUGUGAUAGUAAUUAAAUACAUACAGAGUAGAAAUAGAUAUGUUUGCUUUGUUUUUUAUUUUAUAGGGAACAAUACUUCACCUCAAUGAAUACAUUCUCAGUGGGUGAGAGGAUCCUGCACACAGUAGUUCACUAAGUCAAGCUGAGGUCCAGUAAAUUCCAAUUUCCCCUUACUAAUGUCUCAUUAGGGAGUUUCAGAACACAGUGAAAUAAUCAUCUUAAUAAGCAAAGAGGUAAUAGAUUCCAAAAUCUACAGGGUCCAAAGGCACUGCCAUCCUGAUGGUCCAGAUCUGGGAAUCCAGUCCUUGACACUAAUUUUUGUAAAAAUUAUGUUCCAGAGCAUGAAUAUAUGAAAACUUUUAGCUAAUGUCAUAAUUUUAAAAAUUGCUUACUUUUUCCUACUAAAAUUGAGUACACAAGUAUUAUUUUUCUUCUCUAUAUAGGGCUUAUAUUUUAUGAAAUCUGGAGACAUUGCUUUACCUUACAUAGAAAGCAAGAAAAAGUUGUCUAUUUUCAUAACUUCCAUACUAUAUGGACAUAAUGAUAGAUUUAUGUACUGUAAUAAGUCAAAGAGUGGAAUGAAAAACGAGGGGAAAAUGAAACUUUAUGCAAUGAUGUUUGUUUAUAUAGAAACCAUUAUUAAGUUUGUAAAAGGAUAUUACAGAACAUUAAUUUGAGGAAUGUCACAGGGUCUGAAGUAAAAAUUGUAAUUUCUACAAGUUAGAAAUUUAUUGAGAGACGUAAUCCAUGUGCCUGGACCCAAAAUUUCAUGGUGUUAGAAUUUGCAUGCCCAGUU